AUCAAGAGAGACAAUUCCACGAUGGAGUUAAAAGUUUUUACCGCUCUUUUAUUACUCGGGUUGGCCAAUGCCGCCCCUCCCGCUCGUGGCCCUUAUCAUGUUACGCCUAUCAAGAAAGAAUACUUCUCUGACAAAUACGUCAAGUAUACAGGCCAACACGACAUCAUCAAUAUAGUGGUACCCCUAAACGCCAUAAAUUAUAACGCUCUAAACUUCAAAGUAGAAGAUUCCAACGCUUCAGAUGAAAAUCGCCAUUUAACCGUAUUCUUUACUGAAGUUGAUGUUGACGCAAGCGGAAAACGUACGUACCAAGGCUUGUAUGUAUUAAAAGAUGGAGUCGCGAAGAAGAUUCUAGAAAAUGGAAGAGAUGCCACCGCUGUUGUUGAUGACAAAAAAACAGUAUACUUAGCUGCAAGUGACGGUAUAUACCUUUACAAUGACGAAGACCAAUCUGUUAAUAAAUACGGCUCUCUCACUGAUAAUAUCAUAUCUAUCGCUAUAGCUAGCAAAGGCGAUGUGUUGUACAUCUUAACUGAAGACAACUUUGUAUACAGAGUCACUGACAAUGGAAACAACAAAGAGAAACUCGAAGAUGUUAAAAACGCUGAACAAAUUAAACUAGAUAACGAAGACAAUCUGUUCUUCUAUACUUCUGACAAAGAGAUUUAUGUGCGAACAUCUGAAGGAAUUAAAGAGAUCAUAGGCCUGCCUAUAAACUUCUCCAAGGCUGUACUGGUGAAGCCUCCGAUUAUUGCUGAAGAGGGUCUCGCAGUUGUUGUUGACAAAGCACUGUUUGUUAUUAACAAGAAAGGAGGCAGUGUAUUUUACAGCAUUAUAUUUGAUUCCGAUGCUGUUCCCACUGGUUUCGGUCCAGAAGCGACAAUUAUCCAUUAUUACGCAUUCAAUAAGAAAAUUUAUGAGUUCAAUCUGAUUGCGUUAUUAGAACACAAGGAAUUGAACGAAUUGAAAAAGUAUUUGGGCACCAAAGCCGAUAAUAUAGUGAAUCUUGCGACCGAAAAACGUAAAAACAAAGAAUUGUAGGUUAAAUAAGCUAAUAUUUAAAUAAAACAAGUAAAUAACUGAA